AUGACCGCUAUUAUAUUAGUUCCCACUGUCACUCAAACAACCACUCCUGACUGCGAGCCCUCACAAUUCAUUUUACCCAACCUCAUCAAUUAUUGCCCCUAUCCCUUGCGACAGAACCGUCACUGUCAUACGGUGGCACGUUCAUCUGAUCAAUGGCUUAUUGACGUCACACCGCAACUUGCAGAGCCCGAGAUCAGAGGGUAUGAACAUACUGAUAUGGAUACAGGCACAUUAGCUGCUGUUUGCUAUCCUGAUGCAGAUGAGUUCCAUCUCCGAGUCUGCUCUGACUUCUUGAACUGGCUGUUCAUCGUGGACGACUGGAUGGAGUAUAAUGUUGUCGAUGUACGGAAAACGCGCGAAUCCUGUAUUUCUGCAUUACGCGAUCCCAUCAAUUUUGACGCGGAACAACUUGGUGCAAAGAUGUGCAAAUCCCGCUUUCGGGAGACCGCCGGCGCCGGCUGCAUAGAGCGGUUUAUCCACGCAAGUGAAUUGUUCUUCGCCGCUGUGGCUAAGCAGGUGGACGACCGUAGCAAAGGGGAAUAUCUCGAAUUGAUCUCCCUGACGGAAGUUAUAUCGCAUCCAGUUGUUGUGGCCUUGCAGGACGCUACCAACGAUCAUAUGGUUUGGUCCAAUGAUAUCUUCUCAUACAACAUGGAGCAAUCUCGCGGUGACGUACACUGGCAUAACAUGGUCGCUGUGCUCAUGCACGAGCGAGGAUUAGACCUCCAAGGCGCCAUCGACUAUGCUGGCCAGAUGUGCCAAGAUGCCAUCCAGCGCUUUGAAUAUAACCGUGCCAUGCUCCCCUCAUGGGGAGCAGAGGUUGACAGGCAGGUCGAUAUCUAUGUCCAAGGGUUGCAGAACAUCAUAGUUGGCCCAUUGCACUGGCAAUCUAAAUCCGCCCGUUAUUUUGGUAAGGACGGACAUGCUGUCAAGUGGGACCGAGUCGUCAAGCUGCUUCCCAAAGGCCCUCGUAGAGCCUGAUGCCUGGCUUCUGGAGGUGAGAUCGUUUUCACUUCUUUCACGCACUGCGCCAUUCUUACGACUAGAACGUCAGUACAUGAUUUACAUCUUAUAGACCUGAAAGCUUUGUGUUAGUUGCAUGAUACGCCACAUUUAACCUUCCUUACUUUAUCCUUCGUAGCCUCGUGUUCUCUUGCGGGAAAUACUACCUGCCUAUAUUUUACAUCACCCAUGUACAUAUAAUAGUCUCUUCGUGCGAGGAUCGAAUUGAGGAUUAGCG